AUGGACAUCCUCAAGGUCCUCUCCCGCGGCAUCAAGCCCAACCCCAAAAAAGGCAAACCCCAACAACAACAACACCAAUCCCAAAUCCAUGGCCAAGGCACCACGACGACGACUACAACCACGACCGCCCAAUUCCUCCUCCCCUCAGCCGGCGCGAUUCCCCACCCGCAAUUAUUCCACGACCACGUCGCCGCCGCCACACGAGGCAAGAAGAGGAAGAGAAGACGCGGCGGUGGAGGCGACGGUGAUGUCGUAAGUGAGGCCGAGGACGAAGAGGACAGCGAGGUGGAUUAUUUUGCUGCGCCGAAGAAACCAGCGUUGGAGAGGAGCGCGGCGGCGGGCAUUGACGCGGAGGCCGACGAGACGCUGCGGAAAAGGAAGGUAAAAUUGUUGGAUGAGGAGGAGUGUAAACGGAUAUUGAGGGCGCAUCGGUUGAAGUUUACGAUUCUGUCGGAUGUAGUGGUGGGGGAUGCUCCGGGUGAGAAUAACGAGGGGUCGGGGCCGAUGAGAACAAGCAAAAAGAAGAAGAAGGGUGGCGACAAGGACAAGGACAAGGAGAGCAAGACGAAAGCAACAGAAGCCAAAAAGGAAAAGAAAAAGGAUGAACACAAACGCCAGCUGUUUCCGCAGCCGCUCAACUCGUUCGGCGAGCUGCGGCAUAUUUAUGACGUCGCGCCGCAGCUGGCGAGUAAUAUUGCCGCGCAGGGCUUCCGGCUGCCGACGGAGGUACAGAUGGCUAGUCUGCCUUUGCUGUUGCGUCCGGCCUUGGCGUUGAAAAAUUCAGUCGAGGACACUGGGGUAGGGGAAAGCGGUGCUGACUUUCUUGCGGUUGCGCCCACGGGCAGCGGCAAGACAAUUACGUUUUUGAUUCCGGCUAUUGAUGGGGUGUUGAAGCGGCGGGCGGAGGAAGGGGCUUCUAGCAGCAGGGAGGGCCAAGAGCAAGAUGAGCAUGUGCUGCAGGCCGUGGUGGUUGCGCCGACGAGGGAGCUGGCGAGCCAGAUUGUGAAUGAGGGGAGGAAGUUGGCUAUUGGGACUGGUGUGAGGGUGGUGUUGAUGAAGAGGACGUUGAGGUUGAAGGCGGAGGAGGUUGAAGGAGAGGGGAAGGAUGAGAAGGAUGAGGAGAGUGGGAGUGAUGAGGAUGAAGAAGACGAAGACGAAGACGAAGGCGAAGAGGUGGAGGACGAUGACGACGAAAAUGAAGAUGAGGACGGGAAUGAGAAAAACACAAAAGAAAAGCCAAAGAAGGAAAAGCCGUUCGCAAGAGCGGAUAUCUUGGUUACAACGCCCAAGAUUCUGCUCAAUGCCCUGACCGGCAAAUCUGGGCGAAAGACCCUCCCGACCGUCCGAUCUCUGAUCCUCGACGAGGCCGACGUCUUGCUCGAUCCCAUCUUCCGGCGACAGACCACGGCCAUCUGGCGCGCCUGCACGCACCCCAACGUCAGCCUGACCUGCUGGUCCGCGACCAUGGCCUCCAACGUCGAGGCCCUGAUCACCAAGCAGCUGGCCAAGCGCGCCCGCUACGUCCAAAAGACCACCACCACCACAUCACCUCGACCUCGCCCCCCACUCAUCCGUCUCGUCGUCGGCCUCAAAGACACCGCCGUCCCCAACAUCACGCACAAACUCACCUACACCGCGACCGAACCGGGCAAGCUCCUUGCCCUACGACAGCUCCUCCACCCAGCCUCAUCCUCCGACUCCGGCCCGCCCUUACGCCCGCCUUUCCUCGUCUUCACCCAAACCAUCGACCGCGCCCAGGCGCUCCACGACGAGCUCAAAUACGACAUCCCCCUCGAAGCCGGCGGGUCCGCGCGCGUAGCCGUCCUCCAUUCCUCCCUCGCCGAUGCCGCGCGCUCACGCAUCAUGGCCCGCUUCCGCGCAGGCGAGGUCUGGGUCCUCAUCACAACUGACGUCCUCGCACGGGGCGUGGAUUUCGCGGGCGUCAACGGCGUGGUGAACUACGACGUGCCGACCUCCGCCGCGGCGUAUGUCCACCGGGCCGGCCGGACAGGCCGCGCGGGAAGACAGGGGGGUGUGGCGGUGACUUUUUACACCAAGGAUGAUAUCCCGUUUGUUAAGAGCAUUGCCAACGUCAUUGCCGCGAGCGAGAAACAAGCCGCUGCUGCUGCGAAGGGGUCCUCCUCCUCCCCUGACAAAACCCCAACGCCCACAAUCCAGAAAUGGCUCCUCGACGCCCUGCCAGACGUCGCCAAGGAAGACCGGCGCAAACUGAAAGUCCGCGGUGUGGAAGCACGUCGGGCUGGCGGGAAAGCGGCACCUAUCACGACCAAGAGUGCGUGGGAGCGGCGACGGGAGCAUAAUAAAGCGCAGGCGAUUGAGGCGAGUCGGCGGCGGAAGAGGCUGAACCGGGGUGAGCAGAAGAGGUUAGGGGGUAAAGAUAAGGGUAGUGUGGGUGAUGAGAAGGCGGGAGAUGAGGAAGGGGAAUGGGGAGGGUUGGAUGAUUGA